AUUGUGGAUCGUAUGAAAAGUCGCUUCCUUUUCUUUUGCAAAGCACCAAAACCAGGAUAUGCAAAGUCACGAUUGGCUCCGUUUCUUGGAAACUCGACUGCUGCAGAACUUUCCGCAGCGUUGACGGAAUAUGUAUUGGAGCAGUUGCUGCAGCACUUUUAUAGUGUAAAUACAGAAUUGUGUUUCGUUGUUUGUUAUACUGGAGAGGAAGAUAUUUCCUAUUGGCACAGUUGGUUUCUUCCAAUUUUUACUCAAUAUUUUGGAAAAGCAAGCCAAAACGACAGUGGAAACUUUUCCUUUGAAAAGAAUUUUCAGUUAUCGUUUGUAGAACAGUCGAAUGGUUCUUUAGGUGAUAGGCUGAGGCAUGCUUUUUACAAAAGUUUUGAAACAGGAGCGAAAAAAGUCAUUGUUGUUGGAAUAGACUCUCCAGAUCUUGACGGCUUUCUUGUUGAAACUGCAUUGAAAGCUUUAGAAACUUUCGAUGUUGUUGUUGGUCCUUGUUUGGACGGCGGUUACUAUUUGCUUGGAAUGCGUAGUUUUUGUGAAGAGGUUUUCACAGACAUUCCUUGGAGUACCUCUAAAGUUUUGCACGCAACUCGAAACCAAGCACUGAAUGCUGGCUACACGAUGGACGUUCUACCAGCUUUGGAAGAUAUUGAUGAAGUUGAAAAUCUUUUUAUUUUAGAACGACUAGCAGCUACGACUAACAAAGGGAAGAGAUGGAUAAAAUUUUUGGCAAAGUGGUUGUUGGAAUAUCUGCAUCCCUAUCCAAGUUAUUCUUAUUGCAAUGAAGCCUUGAAUAGUAAGUCACAGGAAGAAACUUUGUUAGCAAGUGUGAGGCCACGAUGGGUUGGGGAGUCUAGUUAUAGCAAAAGUCAUCCAAUUGAAAAGUCAACUGAAAGUAAACCGAUAAAUAAUGUUGGCAGUGAAGUGGAUGCCAUAUUGGUAUAUGUAUCUGUGGUUAAACCGCAAUUGGUUGGAAAGCUACUUCGAGUACUUGGUAAAGUUCUUCCACUGGGAAAGGAACUGUCACAUGUUAAGCGUGUGAAAAGAGACUUUAGUAGGUCAAGUUUGGAUCAGGAUGGGAAGCGUCAUCGAAGUGAACCACUUAUUACUGUUUUACUUUGUUUGAAGGAAGAUUUUGAAAGUUUAGACUGUUCCGUAUUGGAGAGUUUGAAUGAAUUUGGAUUAGAGCCUUUUGUUAUGUCCGUUCCUUCGAGAGCUGCAAUUACAAGAGAAGAAUAUGUAUCCUUAUGUCCCAUUUGGCCUGUAUUAUAUCAACCUCUACCACCACCUCGUCCAUUGCCAUCCAACGAAGAGAUGCUUUUCAUUAUGCAUCAUAUGCGUAUUUGUUUUGAUAUUGCUUGGCAUCAUCGGAAAAACAGUAACUAUCUCGGUAUUUGUGCUAUGAUGGUUCGACCAAGCAACAAUGAAAUAAUUACAGUAACUUGUGAUACUUCUUGUCGAAGCCAUCUAUCAGAUAAACGUAAAGAAAAGAAAUGUGAAAGAUGCCAACCGUUUACACAUGCAGUCAUGAAUUGUAUCGAAUCGGCAUCAUGGAAAGUGGGUUCUCACAAACGUCGACAGAUCUUACAAAACAAAACUCUUUCUGACUGCUCCUAUAUUUGUGAUGAUUCCGAAAUAUCAUUAACAGGUGAUAGUGAUUCACAUUCUUUUGAAAGCGAAACAGAUACGGAAACUACCGAUAAAUCUUUGUUACCAGAUGAUGCUUAUAUGUGCACUGGAAUGGAUGUAUAUACAACAAGAGAACCUUGCCUAAUGUGUUGUAUGGCACUUGUACAUGCAAGAGUAAAACGAGUAAUAUUUGCUAUUCCCAACAAAUAUUUUGGAGGUUUAGGAGGAGGUCCUAGUGGUACUCAGCUACAUAAAGUAACAGCAUUGAAUCAUCACUUCGAUGUUCUUCAUCUGGAAGGCUUUGAAAAAAUAUGGAAGCCAACAGAACGAGGAAUAAUACUAAACGGCCACUAGAAUAAGGAUUUGAAAAUGAAGUUUCCGAGGUCGAGAUUGAUUUUGUUGUU